UCGGUGGUCAUUCAGCUCCCGUCUGAUUCCAGAACACAAACGGAGUCAACUUCUACAACAUCCUCACCCAGGAACCUGAUGAGGAGAUGUCCUCCGCGCCUGGAGGAGGAUACCUCUCUCUGCUGAUGCGGCACCACAUUAGCCCCCUCCACCGCCAAUCACUGAGCCAGUUGAUGAACGGGCCAAUCAGGAAGAAGCUGGAAAUCAUCCCUCAGAACGUCACCUGGGGAGGUCAGGCUGAGGCAGUGUUCAGCAGCAUGUCAGGUGACUUCAUGAAGCCAGUGGUGGACGUGGUGGAUCAUCUGUUGGAUGCUGGGGUCAACGUCACCGUCUACAACGGACAGCUGGACCUCAUAGUGGACACCAUGGGUCAGGAGCAAUGGGUGAAGCGGCUGAAGUGGGUGGGGCUCCAGAGCUUCAGCCAAAUGAAAUGGACUGCCCUUAAUGACCCCGCCUUCCCGGGUGUGACCGGCGCCUUCUACAAGACCUACAAGAACUUCUCCUUCUACUGGAUCCUCAAGGCCGGUCACAUGAUUCCCUCGGACCAGGGACCCAUGGCACUACAGAUGUUGAAGAUGAUCACACAGCAGGACUGACACACACACUCUCACUUCAUAACACACACACACACCACACACACCGCGCACACUAGAGCUGGACGAUAUGGAGACAAACAAAUCCAGAUUGUGAUAUAUUUCCAUUUUUUUGUUUUAUUUGUUGCAUUUAUUGUUAAAUCAGUUAUUUUGGGGGGAGGUGUGUUAAAGCCGGACCACAUGGGUCCUAUCGUGAUGAAUGUAACUAGUGUUUAAUGGUUAGUUACUUUACACUAGCGAAGAGCUA